AUGGCGGACGCGCUGAGGGAGCGCACGGCGCGGCUGCUGACCGACUACCUAGAGUACUGCGCCCGGGAGCCCGGCACCCUCGCGCGGGCGCCGUCUACGCCCGAGGCCGCGGUGCUGCGCUCGGUGGCCGCCCAGGUACGGCAGCGUCACGAGCGCUUCUUGUCCCAUUACCGCGGCUACCAAGGCAACCGCGUCGAGCUGGUGGCUCAGGUGGAGCGGGAGAUACUCGCCCACCCCCAACUCCUAAGCUGGGGCCGUGUGGUGGCGCUCUUGACCUUUGCGGGAACACUGCUGGAGGGAUCGCCGUCGGGGACCGACCAGGAACAGGAGCCGGGGGACUGGGAGGCCACCGUUCGCCAGGACUGCGGGCGCCUGGUGGAUUUCCUCUGCAAUCGGCUCACAGGACAGCAUCGCGCCUGGUUGGAGGCGCACGACGGCUGGGUGAGCGCGGGGGGACGCGGGGCACGGGCAGCCGGGGGCGCGCCCACGCGGCCACCACCGGGAGGGCCCUCGCGGUUUCAACCCGGAUGGCUUUUGUCUCUUCUUCACACCCAUGCUGCCGUCUUGGAAAAGAAUGCUGGUCCAGGCUCUUCUGUCAUGCUUUACAGCAGUGAUCUUAAUCUACUUCUGGAAAAGGUUAUUGUGAGUUCUGAAAUUUUUAACGCAUUUCUACCUGCCUAA